GGUAARGACGAAAUCCCUGUUGGACGUUUCCAGCGGAGUUCCAGAUUGACCAUAAAACUUCAGCCUGCGGAAUUACAGUGCAACAAAAGCAGCCAAUCAAAUAACGAGACUUCGAUUGGUCAAGUGACGUGUUACUUUGAAAAAAGCUGUAUUUUGUCGUACUGUAAAAUAUAAUAAAUACUUUGAAACGGACACUCUCUCGUCGACUGUCUCCAGUCCUAAGGAGAUUGCCAAUAGACUCCUCACACCUGGCUAUAACGGACAGUCUUUAGAGGGAGAAGAACAAGAAAGAGAAGAGUCUCAGUUUCUUUCUGGUGAAGAAAGAAAAGGAGAAAACUUAGACGGAAAAUACUGCCAAGUACAGCCGUUUUCUCGAGAAAGUACUUAACUUCAAAACAGCUGAUGACUGUCGUUUGAUGGGUUUUCAAAAUCGACUCAUCGCUUAAGGAUAUUAUCCUGAGUUCUUGAAGCAAAUAGCAGAGCACUGGCAGAUGUUGUAUUUGAUAACAUUGCGGGUGAUUGACGCAGUGAGCAAUUAGACRAACAACGCCAUUGGCUUGCUUCUCUGUAAAGUAUAGUGACAAGUGCACAAAGUSUAUACCUCGAUUUAUGUAAAGAUAAAAACAGUGACAGUUAUGACAACGCCAUAUGCUUCCAUCUGAAAUCAAGAGUAAACUUCCAAAUCCGACGUAACCUACAUCAAGGGAACUACAAGCCGUUGAACUCUGUACACAGAUAACGAUGAGCUAUCUUCAAAGUAACACGCACGGCAUUAAACACGUUCAUAAACUGAUAGUUUCUGUGAGAUAAAGCAUCAACUUUAGGUUAUAUCUUGAAAAGAACUGAAAAAAGAACUAUAGACUACCCUCAAGUGCCUAAAGUGGUUGGUUCUGUGCGAAUAUAAAGACCUAACAAUAUCAUUUAGCUACAUUUAGUAGAAGAAACUUAAGUACCCGCUAGACGAACGAAAACAAACACAUUUCACAAACAUCAAGUGUCUACUUCAACACCUCUUUGCAACUGAGGACGUGCCAAAAAACAACACGAGACUUGCCAAGUGAAACUGAAACUGCCGCCCGAGGAAAUUCUAACGUUGAAAAGGCUCCAAUUCGCCCCAGCAAGUUUGUAAUUUAGAUAUUACAUUGUGAAGUAACGUAAAGAAAAGAGAAAAUGGUUCUUCUAAGCAACACUUCCGUCGAACGCUUAACUAAUUUAACGCAGGAAGAUUUGUGUUUCAAAGAGCGACUUGACUUUAAGAUCUGCAAGUACGCUCUGUACGGUGUCAUCUUCCUUAUCAGCUUUGUCGGCAACUCCUUCGUUUGUGUUGUUGUUUGGAAAAAAGCGGGCAUGAAAACUGUCAUGAACUAUUUUCUAGUAAACCUCGCGGCUGCCGACUUGGCGUUUACGCUAAUAUGCAUACCAUUCGACCUUCCAGUGCAAGAAAACACCUAUAAAUGGCCGUUUCACGAGUCUCUUUGCAAAGUUAUCUUUCCGCUUCAAACAAUGUGCGCGUUCGCGUCCGUUUUCACUUUGACCGCCAUAAGCUUGAGUCGAUAUUGGGCCGUAGUUUAUCCCAUGAAGUUACAGCUUAAUCUUCCGGUUACUCGCGUAGUUAUCUGCUUAAUAUGGCUGACAUCUUUGAUCUUCGUAGUUCCGUACAGCCUUGUUCUCCAUGUGAAUCCAGAGACCGAAGAAUGCAAAGAAAACUGGCCCAAUCCAGUCAAGUCCUACCGCAGUACAUACACAGUUAGUAUUUUCGUAAUUCAGUACGUAAUUCCCUUAGGUAUUAUAUUCUGGGCUUACGUAAAAAUCUACUUUGAACUUACAAAGAGUUCUGCACGUUACCAUCAAAGUCAGAGAGACGAACACGCGCAUGAAACACGUAAGGUUUUACGUAUGGCAAUAGCGGUAACGGUGCUCUUCGCUAUCUGCAUGUUACCGAACCAUGUAGUUUGGUUGAUUAUGGAUUUUUCGCGUAAUUCUAACACCAUGGGUUGCAGUAGCUGGUUAGUUAUCACAAACCUCUGCGUUUUUGCGAACAGCGCGUGUGAUCCAAUCGUUUAUACCGUGUUCCACGAGAAAUACCGCAAGGAAUUUCGACGUUACGUUAAACUACUGUCGAAAUGCUGCAGAGGUAAGGACGCACAUCGUGACAAUGACGUUAUGGAAACGCGAAGUAGAGAGUCUUCAAAUUGUAUCCAUCUUCUCCACGUGCUAGGUAAUCCCACCGCAAACUCGUGUAACCAUAAAGAUUUAGCGUUAGUUAAUWCGUUUAAAGAUAGCAACGUGUACAAGAACCAUAAUAACMCCACCGACAAUCGACACUGCGGCAACAGGUGAACUCGGCAAACUUUAAUGAAAUCCUUAGUUACAUCCACAAUAGAUUUGUUUGCUGAACAGUUUGCUCGAGUAAUUUCUAAGAAAUGGGCUCUCCAGAGUGACUGCAUCGAAUAAAAGCCGGCAGCUAUGUCUCAAGCUGAGAGAUUUUGAAUUUGACUCGCCAGUGAAACCUAAACUGWAAUGAUGCUAAUCUUUUGCAGACUUUGGUUGUUGGAGUUGUAGCAAUAAGUGGACUACUAUUCAAAGUAUACAUAAAAAAUACCGCAUUACAUAGUUAGGAUAUUGUCAUUGAUAAUAUGAAUAAAAGGUGAAACAAAGA